GGCACCAUGCCCAUUGUACAGCAAACAGAAGAUGUGUUUCCUCAAGGGUUGCCCGAUGAAUAUGCCUUUGUGACGACAUUCAAAUUCAGGAAAACCUCAAGACGUGAAGACUGGUACCUCUGGCAGGUUUUUGACAAAUACGGAAUCCCACAGGUGUCCAUCCGCCUGGAUGGCGAGAACAAGGCGGUGGAGUACAAUGCUGUCGGCUUGACAAAAGAUGCUGUCAGAACUGUGUUCAAGAACCCUGAGGUUGACAACCUGUUUGAUCGCAACUGGCACAAGAUUGCCCUCAGCGUGGAAGCCAAGUCUGUGUCUCUGUACCUGGACUGCAAGCACAUCCAGACUUUGCCCAUCGAAGAAAGGGACGACAUUGAUAUCCAGGGAAAGACAGUGAUUGGGAAGAGGCUGUAUGACAGUGUUCCAGUUGAUUUUGACCUCCAGAGGAUGAUGAUUUACUGUGAUUCCAAGCACGCAGAGCUGGAGACCUGCUGUGAUCUACCCAAUGGACCUUGUCCUAAGAAAGUUGUGACAGAGGCCCCCCCUAUAGAGAUCCCCACUCCAACACCUACUGUUGGGGAGCAAAAAAGAGGCCCUGAAGUGAACUGCUCGUGCCCUGCAGGAGUGAAGGGAGAGAUCGGUGUACCCGGUGUUGCAGGUCCUAAGGGUGAAAAGGGACUUGGUGGUGUGCCAGGUAUUGAUGGCUUACCUGGAGACAAAGGAGACAAAGGUGGAGCAGGAAGGGCUGGUGAUCCAGGUCUGCCAGGACCAGCUGGACAAAAAGGAAUUCAAGGAGAUGCAGGAAUUCCUGGCACACCGGGACGAAAAGGUGUCACUGGUGAUAUAGGUAUAAAAGGUGAAAAAGGAACUCCGGGACCCCGGGGUGAGGCAGGUUUGGAUGGAUUACCUGGCAAACCUGGUGUUCCUGGGAAAGAUGGUUUGAAAGGACUGGCUGGUACACCCGGGGCCAGCGGAAUGAAAGGCAACAAGGGUGAGAGAGGCCUUCCCGGAUUACCUGGGGAUAUGGUUCACAGAGAAGGCUUACAGGGUGAAAAGGGAGAUGCUGGACCUCAGGGGCCUCCAGGGGCCGAUGGCCCACCAGGGCCUCCAGGUCCUCCGGGUCUACCUGGGGAGCCUGGAGAGUUCGGCCAGAGGGGAAAGAAAGGUGAAAGUGGAUUGCCUGGAGUGGAUGGCCUGCCUGGACCCCCUGGUCCUCAGGGUCCAGCUGGGCCACCAGGAAACCAAGGACAUACUGGACCUCCAGGUCUACCUGGUGAAAUUGGAUUUUCAGGCAAACCUGGAGAGCCCGGAAAGCCGGGUCUUCCUGGUAAAGAUGGUCUGGAUGGUCUUCCUGGAAAUGACGGUGCCAUGGGGCCCAGGGGAGAGCGCGGAGCAGAUGGUUUUCCUGGCAAGCCUGGACCUAAGGGUGACGAGGGGCCUCCCGGUCCAAGGGGACCUCCAGGGGAGAGAGGAGAAGCUGGUUCCCCUGGACAACCAGGUGCUGAUGGAGCAAGAGGAGACAGGGGUGGACCGGGAGAAAGAGGACAGGAUGGACCAAUUGGGCCAAAAGGAGAAAAGGGCGACAAGGGUGAAGUGGGAAGCAGGGGGCCACCUGGCGCUCCAGGAAAUGUGGCAAAUGUCAUCCCUGAGCCUGGUGAACCUGGAACACCUGGAGAGAAGGGGGAAAAGGGCGAUCAAGGGAAACCAGGAGAGAUGGGUCCGAGAGGUUUACCUGGUGAACAAGGCUUUAAGGGACCACCUGGAGCAACGGGUCCAAAAGGUGACACUGGACCUACAGGAGAGACAGGACGUGUUGGAGACCCUGGUCCACCUGGCGUAGCUGGUCCUCAAGGUUCUCGUGGAUUACCAGGGAACGUUGGCAUCCCAGGGAUCAUUGGGCCUCCUGGUCCCGCUGGACAGAGAGGAGACAAGGGUGAUCCAGGUAAACCAGGACAAGCAGGUCCCACAGGCUCACCCGGAGAGCCUGGUUUGACUGGACCUCCUGGACCACCAGGGAAGGGGAAAGACGGGCAAAGUGGAGAACCAGGACCACAGGGAAUUCAAGGCCCCCCAGGGCUAAAGGGCCAACCAGGGUCACGAGGAGAUCCUGGGUCACCAGGGGAACGGGGUCCUGCAGGAGAAGGCAAAAUGGGACCACCGGGGCCUCCGGGAAAUAAGGGGGAUCCUGGACCUGCAGGCUUGAGGGGUGCUCAAGGAGUCGCCGGUCCUCAGGGCCCAGCAGGACAUAAUGGUAUACCGGGAAGACCGGGAGAGAAGGGAUCACCAGGAGAGCCUGGAAAGGCAGCAGACCUCUCUGACCUCAAUCUGAAGGAUGUUUGCUCAGACUGCCCUGCAGGUCCACCCGGACCACCCGGUCUCCCAGGAGUCCCGGGGGAUAAAGGACACCUGGGACCUCCAGGGAAAGAUGGUCAAGAUGGUUACCAAGGCCCGCCAGGACAAGCCGGACCUCAAGGGCCGCCUGGAGCUGACGGUGGAAAGGGUAUUAAAGGUGAUCGAGGACCUCCUGGAGGCCCGGGAGACAAAGGAGACAAGGGUCACCCAGGACCCCCUGGCCAUCCAGGUACUCCUGGCUUAAUGGGUACACCUGGUAGCGAUGGACAGCCUGGCCCUGUCGGUCCCCCGGGGCCCCCUGGAGAAAAGGGCAAGGAGGGUCUCAAAGGAAUCCAGGGACCACCGGGUCUUCCUGGUUUGAUUGGUGAGCCUGGAAAAAUGGGAAAGGAUGGCAGACCAGGUGAAACAGGAGAACCUGGCAAGCAAGGUGAACCUGGACCAGCAGGAAACCCUGGGCUCAGGGGACCCCCGGGCUUUAAAGGCCACAGAGGAGAACCUGGAGCUCCAGGACCUAAGGGAGAAGAUGGAAAGUCUGGAUUACCUGGACGUGAUGGCAAACCUGGAAAGGAGGGCUCUAUGGGACCUCCAGGCCGAGAAGGACUUAGUGGACCAAGAGGAGAGCCAGGCAAGCAAGGAGAACCAGGACCAUCAGGGAAAGCUGGUCUACCUGGAACUCCAGGUCUUAGGGGAGACAAGGGAGACGCCGGCAACCCAGGAUUACCAGGCUUUAGUGGGCCUAAAGGCCCCGCGGGUCCACCUGGUCCAGUAGGCCCAGAAGGAAAGCAGGGGAUGCCGGGCAGAGUUGGCGAUCGUGGCUUCAAAGGAGAUAAGGGAGACCCAGGUGUGAAGGGAGAUAAGGGACACGCAGGUGAUCCAGGUAUGCCUGGAAACCCUGGACCCCCAGGCAGAAAGGGCCACACAGGAAUGAUGGGCAUGUCAGGACCACCAGGAGAACUAGGACCUCCUGGGCCACAAGGACCUUCAGGAAACCCCGGUCUCCCAGGCCAAAAGGGAGAGUCAGUAUCACUGGAGCAGAUGAGACGGCUCAUCCAGGAGGAGCUGGCUAAACAAUUAGAUGCCAAAAUGGCUUACCUCAUGGCUCAGAUCCAGCCAGCCCAUGUGAAGAGUACAACGGGCCGUCCGGGACCUCCAGGCCCUCCAGGUAAAGACGGCAGUUCCGGACGACCUGGCCCCCCUGGAGAACCCGGUAUGCCUGGACAGAAUGGAGGAGAAGGACCCAGGGGACCCAUGGGCCCUAAAGGUGAGAAAGGAGCAAAAGGAGAAAAGGGAGAAACUGGUGUCGGUGACAGAGGAGAACAAGGGCCGCCUGGCCCGAUAGGUCCAGCCGGUAUGCCUGGUUAUGGUAAAGACGGAAGCCCAGGACAAGCUGGAGCCCAGGGAGAGCCAGGAAACCCCGGCCCCCACGGUCAGCCUGGACCUCCAGGUCCUCCUGGCCAAUGUGACCCCACCCAGUGUGCCUACUACGCCAGCCUGGCACACAGACCCCACACCAAAAAUGUCAAGGGGACUUAAGAAAGAAGAGACACAAAGAGCUUGAAGUCCAGCUGUAUUUAUGAACUUGGUCGUGUCAGUCUGAAUCAAGAACUUUUCUUUUUCAAGAUAACCUCAGUAUGGAGGGCUGAAGCAA